AUGGGCGGACUGGGACGCGCAAUUUCCCUCGGUGGCCCCCCGUCAAAUAUGACCGCGGGCGCCGGCGUGGGGAUAGCUUCCGCUGGUCUUCCCUGUUCCGCCGGAGGGGUUUUCGGCGCAGGCGCAGGCGCAGGAACCGCCAACCCUGGUGUUUCGAUCGUCAGCGCUGACAUCCCUCCAGGAGCAGGAUCCGCGGGAGCUGCUGCGCUCGGCGUGAGGCUUGCGCCUGGCGGAGUCAUCCCCGUGCUCAUCCGCCAAUCCCUCUGCAUCCAAUUCCUCUUGGACCCGUGGACGGCGCGCAUCCGCUGCGCCAGCGCGGGCGCGGAGCUCGCGCUGGGGUAUUCUUCCGCGGAGUUCGACCGCCUGUCGCUCUGUCACCUUGUGGAUAGCCUCCCCCUGGCGGACUGGCUGCAGCUGGUUGCGCCGCUGGCGGCGGGGGACGAGUUAGGCGCCAAGUUUAACAUGAAUCUGGUGGGGAAAGGGCGCCCGUUUUGCGCCGAGGCUGCAGCGGGAGGGGGAGGGUUGGGCGGAAGCGGAAGCGGGCUGGGAGGGGCAGCUGGCGGAGGGAAACGGGGAUCGGUGUGGGGAGAGCAGCAGCAGCAACAGCAAGCGCCGCAGCAGUCGCAGUCGCAGCAGCAGGUCCUGCUUCCCGGAAAAGCGACGUCUCGUUUAGGCGCAACUCGUUUCAGCGGUGGCGUCGGCAACAGAAGCGGGCGGCUGAGCGGCGCAGCGGGGCUGUUCCCCCGGUCGGCGUCGACCACGGAUCAAGACCUGUCUCGCUCCGCGUCCGUGUUCGACGCCACGGACGACGACUCCUCGUUCGACUCUGGCACGGAGGACGGCAGCGGCAGAGGCGCGCGCCAGGACUCCGGGUGGGAAGGCGGGCUGGGGAGAAUGCGGGGCAGUGGCGGGGACGGAGGGGGAGGAGGCGGCGGAGGAAGCGGAGGAGCGGGCGGAGCGGGAGGCGGAGGCGGAGGGAGAAGCAGUGGGGAUUUUCCGCGGGUGGGGAGUGCGGGAAGCUGGAAGGGGAUGGAAGGUGGGGGGGAGUUGGGGAUGGGGGUGGGGACGGGGCAGGGUGAGGAGGUGAUGCGGGAGAUUGCGGUAUGUGUGAAUCUGCAGUUUCUAGAGGUAGGCGGAGAGCGAGAGCUAGUAGCAACAGCUCAUGAAAUUCUCACCAGUACUGGAGUAGCAGGCGAAACUGACACCUCUUCAUUAUUGCAGCAGCAGCAACCGCAGCAGCAAGCGCAGCAGCAACCGAAGCUGCAGCUGCAGCGGCACAGCAGUCAGCAGCUCGCUGGUCCGUCCAGCGUGGGUUUAGCUGGCAGCGGUGGCGGGUGGGGGUCGGGAGGAUACGGCAGGGAGAGUGGUUCGCCCAACGCUCUCUCCACCACCCGGGAGGAGGGCACAGAGUUUGGGACUGCGGUGGGGGGAGCGGGAGGGGGAUUGGGAGGGGGUCGGUAUUCGCCUGGUUGGCAGCAGACGCACACAGCAGCGCCUCCCUCGCGCUUGAGCAAGUGGCUGAGCCUGGACGUGGGGCUGGAGAAGGUGUCUCUGGAGGGGUUCGAUGCGGUGGAGGACGGUGACAAGGCGGCGGAGUACUAUGGUGCGACGUCCACGAGCAGGAGGGGCGUCAGGGGGGAGCGCGGGGGCAGAGACAGAAAGGCAGCUGUGGCUGUGGAUGGCCUGGGAGUGGGCGCGGGAGGGAAGAGCCAGUCAAGGCGGUCGCGCUUGGGAUCUGAUGGCAGCGGCACCAUAUCUCCCCCGCUGCUGUUCUCCUCUGCUCCCGAAGGACCUCCUUGGUUGCCCAACCCUGCUCUCAGGGAUCUACUGGACCAUGUGGGCACGGCAGUGUUCGCCAUGCGGCUGUGCACGUGCGAGAUCUCCCUCGCCUCGCCCGCCCUUGCCUCGCUGCUGGGCCGCCCCCUCUCCGCCAUCUCUGGCCGCUGCCUCGACGACUUCAUUCUUCCUGACGACCUGCAAGACUUCCAGGCCUGGGCAGCAGUGGUAUCAGAGGCGGCUCAGGGCGGGCUAGCAGCGCUGGGCCCUCCCACCACCCACUCGCAGCCCUCUGCACCGCUCCACCAGUCACCCCACGGCCACACCCACGCCCAGACUCAGCAGCAGGAGCUUUACCGAAAGGAGUUCCGCGUCGCUCUCCCCAACAGCAAGACCCGCCGCGUGCGCCUCUCCUGCUGCCUCCCCCCGCCCGCCUUCCCUUCCUCCUCCUCCGCCCCCUCGUCGUCUGCCCUGGCUCUUUCCUACUCCUCGUCUCUUUCCGCGCUGCUGCCCUCCUCCUCCUCGUCCUUCUCCUCGGCGUCGCUUAUCAGCCCUAUGGACGGUCUUCCUGCUGCUGCUGGGGGAACUGGCGGAGCUGCUGCUGCUGCAGCAGCAGGUGGUUUGCUCAUGUGCGCGCUUGUGGAGUCUCCACUGUCAGUGGCGAAGGAGUCAUCAUCAUCAUCAACAUCGCCCUUGGACCAGCUCACUCUCUCGUCCGACCCAGCGGUGGAAAAGGCUUGUAUGGUGGUGGAGUCACUACCUGUGGGCGCAGUGUGGGUGCAGCAGAGGGAGGACGGGGGCGCGACGGUGCUGCUGAACGAGCGCCUGGAGACGCUCGUGGGGUACUCGAGGAGGCACUUCACGUCCCUUGAAGCCACGUACACUGUGCUGUUCCGCGAUAAGGCCAUGGAGGCGAGGUCGAUGUUUGAGAGGGACAGGGCGAGUGGGCAGGUGGUGCCGCGCACGCACGUGAUGGUGCGCAAGGAUGGCGAGCGCCGCUGGGUGGAGGUGGCGCGCAGCAUCUUCCCCGGAGGGGAGCUCUGGCUUGUUACGGAUGUCACUCACCGGCUUGUCCUGCAGGAGCGCUUCCGGUUGCUGUUUGAACUCUCCACUGACGGGUAUCUGCUGGUGGUGGACACGGGCAUCAGCGACUGCAACGACGCGGCCGUGCAGUGCCUGCGCCUGAGCGACCGCAGCGACCUCAUUGGCAAGCGCCUCGUGGAGCUCUCCCCCCCGCUGCAGCCCGAUGGCCGGCGGUCGGAGGACAAGUACGAGGAGGUGCAUGCGCUGGCUGCUGAACAGGGCCACACCAAGUUUGAGUGGGCGUACGCGGCAGGGGACGGGUCAACAGUGCUGAUGGAGGUGACGCUCACACACGUGGUGCUGCAGGGGCAGCCGACGCUGCUGGCCGUGUGGCACGACCUCACGGACAUCAAACUCCACGCCGCUGAGCUCCAGUCCGCAAAAGAAGCCGCCGAGAAAGCCAGCCAGGCCAAGAGCCAGUUCCUCGCAAACAUGAGCCACGAGAUUCGCACGCCCAUGAAUGGGGUGAUUGGGGUUGCGGAGCUGCUGCUGGGGACGGAUCUGACGGCCGAGCAGCGGUCGUAUCUGGAGAUUAUCCGGUCGUCGGGGGAUAAUCUGCUGAGGAUUAUCUCAGACAUUUUGGACCUGAGCAAGAUUGAGUCGAGGAACCUGGCGCUGGAGUCGCUGGAGUUUGACCUGCACCAGCAGGUCACAGAAGCGUUGGCGCUGCUGGAGGUGGUGGCGAAGGACAAGGGGCUGUAUUUGGAGGUGGAGGUGGAGGAGGGCGUGCCGCAGAUGGUGGUGGGUGAUGCAGUGCGGUUGAGGCAGGUGCUGCUGAACCUCAUCUCCAAUUCCAUCAAGUUCACGGAUACUGGCGGGAUCAGUGUGAACGUGCGACUGGCGCUGCCUGCUGAAAUCACUGCUGCUGCUGCUGCUGCUGCUGCUACUACUACCGCACCCUCUCCCCUGGGGUUGUCGUCAGGGAUGGCAGGGGCCGUGCACGGGAGGGGCAAGGAGGGCGGUGGGGCAGCGGGAGGAGGAGGAGGGGAGAGGGUGAUGGUGCGGUUUGAGGUGCGGGACACGGGCAUAGGCAUGGAUGAUGCUGGCAAGAGCCGCCUCUUCCGCGCCUUCUCCCAGGCGGACAACUCUACGAGUCGCAAGUACGGAGGGACAGGCCUAGGGCUGGCGAUUUGCAAGUCGCUGUGCAACCUGAUGGGGGGGGACAUAGGGCUGGAGAGCAAGGUGGGGCAGGGCUCGGUGUUCUUCUUCUUUGUCAACCUGCUCGUCGUGCCGGACCAGCCCAGGGGCGGAGGCGCCGUGUCGUCGGAAGCAGAGUCGGCAGAAGAGGGGCUGCUGUGGCGCCACCUGCAGAACAUGCGCGUGCUCGUGGCCGAGGACAACAAGGUGAAUCAGAUGGUGGCAACGCGCAUGCUGCACAACCUGGGCAUCAAUUACGACCUCGUGGAGAACGGCCGCCUCGCACUCAGCGCAUGCGAGGCACGCAAAUACGAAGUCGUGCUCAUGGACUGCCACAUGCCGGAGAUGGAUGGCUUUGAGGCAACACAGAAGAUCCGAGAAAUGGAGGUGGAGCGAGUGCGCGCAUACAAGGAAGCCAAGGCUGCAGCCAAGCUCCUGCAACAGCAGAACCCCGGGAACCCCCCGCCGCGCCGCCACCUCCCGCGCCCGCACCGCACGUUCAUCAUCGCUCUUACCGCAAGCGCUCUUAGCGAGGACAAGGAGAAGUGCAUUGCUGCUGGCAUGGACCAUUAUUUAUCCAAGCCGAUCCGGCCGCGGGAUCUGGAGCGAGCGAUUAGAGAGAGUGCAGGCGCGGAUGCAGGGGGAGGGGGUGGAGGAGGAGGAUUAGCUACUGGUGGUGGUGGUGGCAGUGGUGGUGGUAGGUCUGGGUCAGGUGGGGGAACCAGGGAAAACGUACGAGGAGGAGGACGAGGGGUGAAGACGGAGAGUGAGGAAGAGGAGGAGGAGGAGGAGGAGGAGGAAGAGGAGGAAGAGGAGGAGGAGGAGAAUAGGUGGAGUGAGGGGCUUAAGUCUCCAAGGGCUGUACGGAGGGGUAGUGGCACGACUAGUGGUUCUGAAGGGCAGAAAGCGGUGCUGAAAGGUGGAGCAGGAGCAGGAGCAAGUGGGGCAGUGGGUUUGGGCAGAGGAAGUGGGAGAAGUGGUUCAGGUGGGGCAGUCUCUGGGUCAGGAGGUCAAAGGCAAGGAUAUGAUGGGCAGAUGCCUCCUCUCAGCCCCAGGAGACAGGGAGGAGGACCCGCAGCAGCUGGAGCAGGAACAGGAGGAGGCUUUGAAGGAGCAUCAGGUCAGCUGAGCAGCAGUGGGCAAGGUGCAAGUGGUGGUAGUGGUGGCGGGGGAAAGAGGAACCCAGGUGGUGGCGUGAGGGAAGGAGGCGGACCGAGGCCACCGCUGUCACCAAGAAGUAGGGCCGCUGGGUCCCCUGCUGCACCUGCUGCUGCCGCUCCUCCCCGUGCUGCUACCGCUGCCGCUGGUGGUGAUGGUGGUGGGGGUAGGGAGAGUGGCAGGGCGGGAUGGAAUGAGCAUGCGGAGGAGGCAGGGGAGGAGGAGCAGCUGUAUAUGGGGCAGCAGGAUGGGGGGCUGACGAGUGACGAUGGCAGCACAGGAAGUGCCCCCACUAUGGAAGAAAUCUGGUCCAAGAUAAGUGGGGGCGGAGGAGGUGGGGGAGGAGGAGGCGGGGGAGGAGGAGGAGGAGGAGGAGGAGGAGGAGGAGGAGGAGGAGGAGGAGGAGGAGGAGGAGGAGGAGGAGGAGGAGGAGGAGGAGGAGGAGGAGGAGGAGGAGGAGGAGGAGGAGGAGGAGGAGGAGGAGGGGGAGGAGGGGGAGGGGGAGGGGGAAGCUUGGGAGGAGGGCAAGGAAAGAGUAAUGCAGGAGGAGGAGGAGGAGGGGGCGGUGGAGGAAGCACGGGGGGGUUUGCGGGUACAGGGCCGGGAGGGAGAGCAGGAGGAGCGGUGGCAGCGACACGUUCGCAAUCAGCCGUGGUUCCCAUGCUGGGAUUGUCCCCCACUUUCGCCCGCCCCUCCAGCCCUCCUCGGAUCAGUGCUGCUGCAGCGGACCCUGACUCGCCUCCCACCCGCCCCUCGCCUUCCCCCACCCGCCAACGCUCCCUAGGGGGCCCGGUUGGGCGGGGCAGCGCGGAGGGAGGGCCUGGAGGUGCGAGAAUGAUGAUGGAUGGUGGUGCUGCUGAUGGGUUUGCUUUCAGUUUCGGCUCCGCCUCAUCUGUUCCUCUCAGCCCGGAACGCGUGCACGCAUCAGCAUCAGCUGGAGCAGGAGUGGGAGCAGCAGCAGGGAGCGGGGUCCAUCAAGGGUCGAUGUCUCCAGGCUUGGCCUUUCCCAGCUCAGUGUCCGCCUCAGGUGUGGUUUCCAGCUCCUCUGGUGGGCUGCUGUCUAGCCCUCGCAUGGACUCCCGCCUGCCUCGCCCUGAGGACCACAGGCGGCGCAGGAGAGACAAGGGUGGCACUGGCAUGGACGGGCUACACCUGGGCGCAGGAGGACCUGUGGCAGGGUCAGGAGGAGGAGAAGGAGGAGCGGAAGGAGGAGGAGGAGGGGGAGGAGGAGGAGGGUCGGGAGGUGCGGGUGGAGGAGGAGCGGAUCCCCACGGCAGGUCUCCCUUGCGCUCUCCAGCCCGUGCCCGCCCAACAACACACCCAGCCUCUGUUGGUGCUGGUGCUGGUGGUGGUAAUAUGUCAGGGCAUGCAUCUGGGAGCGAGGGGACUUCGGACAGAGAGCGAGACCAUCCCCAGGGUCAUUCUUCUCAAACCCAUGCCCUCCCGCAUCCGCAUCCGCAUCCGCAUGCUUCGCACCACCAGCACUCGUCCAGCCUGCAUGCAGGCGCCGGCGCUGCAAUCCCCCGCGGUCCCACGCACCAGGCGUCUGGCCUGCGCCGCUCCCUCACUCCCGAGGGGGGCGAGUACCCUGUGUCGUCUCUCCUCUCGCGCCUCACCAAUCUAACUGCUGGAGGGGACAGCCCAGGAGGAGGAGGUGGUGGUGGUGGUGGGCCGGGCAGGGGAGGUGGAGAGGGAGGGGUGGGAUCAAGACACAUGCUAGCAGAGCCGUACGGACAUGGGAGGCUGGGAGGAGGGGGAGGGAGCGGGGGCAGUGCAGGAGGAGGGGGAGCAGGGGGUGGAGGAGGGUUUGGUUAUGGGAUGGGGAUGGGUGGGGGGAUGGGGCCGGGGAGAGGCGGGGCAGGGGAUCCCUCCCCCUUGUGGCGUAGUGCCAGUUUGGAGCCGCCCAAGAGGCAGAUCCGCACGGGUGCUCAGCAGAAGGAAGCGCAGGAUUUGAGAAUGUGGAUUGACCCCCGGGGGGGAGCGGGCUUGGGGGGGGCGGAGGGGGAUCAGGAGGGGGAUCGGGCGGACGAGGGCGGAGCUCUUUGGGACUUGGGGAACGGCCAAUGA